AUGGAGCGAUUUCCCACAAUCAGCGAGCUUCGGCAGGCAAUGAAGGUCAUCGUUAGAGUGGUUCAAAACCAAGGUCUGGCAGAGGAAGUCCAGCGCGUAUCAUCCAGCGAGCCCUGCAAGAAAAUCAAAAAUCUUAGUCCGUUCUUAGAUGAGGGCAUACUACGAGUUGGUGGCAGAUUACGCAACACCAGUUUAACGUACGAUGUAAAGCAUCAGUGGAUAUUACCGCAUCAGCAUCCGGUAGUAAGAAGCCUCAUCGCGGCCAUUCAUCGUGAGAAUCUCCAUGUUGGACCCUCCGGCGUAAUGGCUAUUGUUCGGCAGCAGUUUUGGGUCACCAACUGUCGAAAUACAGUACGCAGUGUAACCAGAAGUUGUGUACAGUGUUUUAAGCAAAAUCCAAGGCUAGCAGAGCAGUUUAUGGGAGACUUACCAAAAGGUCGCGUUGAGCGAGUACCAGCGUUCUUUAAGGUCGGGGUUGACUUUGCGGGACCAAUCUCCAUACGUCAAGGAAUUCGCAAGGCCAUACCAGCGAAGGGGUAUAUUUGGGUUUUCGUUUGCUUAGUAACGAAGGCCAUACACCUAGAAGCAGUUGAAAAUUUGUCCACUGCGGCAUUUCUUGCAGCACUGCAGCGUUUCGUAGCCCGACGAGGUGUUCCAGCGGAAAUUUGGAGUGACAAUGGAACAAACUUCGUUGGCGCACGAAACGAGUUGAAGGAGUUGCGUAAGCUAUUCGAACGCGAAGUGACGGAGAAGAAAGUCUUUGAAUUUUGCCAAACAAGACAAAUUAUAUGGAGGAAUAUCCCGCCUUGUUGA